AUGGUGCAUUUUCGAUUCAGGACUUCCACAGAGAAGAAUCACAGACCACAAGACACACCAUACAAGCAACAACGCUUGAAAGCAUGGAAGUGUGUUGUAACAACUUGGCCAUCUAACGUCCGAGGACUGACCUUGGGUCUAUGCCCGCCCUUAUUGAUGCUCAAGGUACUGACAGCCAACCAGGUUAGGCAAAUUCGCAUCGAUUACACGACUUGCCAUGAGCUCGACUCCUUUGACGCACUAGAGGCGAUGCCGGCCGAGAACGUGCAUAGACGUUUCAAGGCUUCGUCUGCAGGCCAGCCUGUAGAUCAAUGGAAGCGUUCAAACCGAAUGCUGACUUUUGAUGGCAUCGAAAAUAACUACACGCUGUGUACAAUCGAAUUUUUUCUUCCCGAGGAUCUCCAACCGCCAGUAUAUUUCCAUUAUCAUCUCACUAAUUUCCUUCAGAACCAUCGCGAAUACAUAAAUUCUCGUCACUCAGAACAACUUGCGGGUCGCAAUGUUAGCUUGAACGCUAUUCAAAGUUCUGAUUGUGGUCCCCUCAAGACUUUGAGAUUGACCGAUGACGAGACAGAUAGGAUAAUCUACCCCUGCGGGAUGAUUGCGAACUCGUACUUCAAUGAUACCUUCGAGUAUCCGCUUCGCAUUUCUGCCGGCAGCGAUACCAACCGCACCCAUGCUUACAACAUGUCGAGGGCGGGAAUUGCUAACCCUCAAGAUAAGGCACUUUAUCAGCCGAGUACCUAUAGGGUGCCCUCGAUACAAUCGGGAAACAAGAGCAUUAUUGUUCCGCCACCUGGCUGGGCAUCUCGAUUUCCGAACGGAUAUCACUCGGGAAAUAUGUUCGAUCCUGCUGAGGAUGAGUCGUUCAUGGUUUGGAUGCGUACAUCCGCAGGAUCUCAGUUCUCCAAACUGGUCAUGCAAAACCACAAAGAUGCCAUGGAGAGGGGAAUGUAUCGUCUAGAGGUCUUUACGCAUUUUCCUGCUCAAGCACACGCUGGUACAAAGUCGCUCAUCAUAUCCACUUCAUCAAGCAUCGGACAUGGCAAUGCUUUUGUUGGAUCUGCCUUCGUUGGGCUCGGAAGCUGCAGCCUCCUACUUGCUUUGCUUUCCGCCCUUACGCUGAGAUAUAGACCCCGUAGACUCGCGGAUCAUGAUUAUAUAUACAACAGCGACAUGAGGCUACACUAUCAGAGAUCGAAUCUCUGA